GUUCUCUCCAAAAUCAGAAUUGGGUCAUAAUCCAAGCAGUGAUGAAUACAAGGAUCAAUACUGGACAUUGAUUCCAGGAACAGGAAAACGUUCCGGUUAUUACAGAAUUGAGAAUGUUGUUACUAAAUGGUCCAUAUUUUCUAGGUUCCACCCAGAAUUACAGUUGGGUCAUAAUCCGAACAGUGGUGAUAAAUAUGACGACCAAUACUGGGUCUUGGUUCCAGGAACAGGAAAACGUUCUGGUUAUUUUAGAAUUGAGAGUUAUGUUACCAAAUGGUCUAUCUUUUCUAGGUUUUCACCGAGAUCAGAAUUGUGGCAUUAUCUUGACAGCGGUGAUCAAUAUGACGACCAAUACUGGACUUUUAUAUUCGAAGAUAUGGUCGUUGAAAGCAUCGAGUACAAGAUUGAUGAAGGAAAAAUCGCAAAUACAGCACCCGUUAUGCUUCUGAGACAAACUUUACUGAAUGAUACAGAUUUAGAACAACAAUUUAGUUCUGAUGUAAAUGAGAGUGUAAAGCAGACGUCAACCUUUGAAUAUUCAUCUGGAUUUACUGUUAAAGUAGGAAUGGAAUUUAAAUCUGGAGUCCCAGGUGUAGCAGAAUCUGGUUUUAGUGUUGAAGCUUCAACUAGCCAGACCUGGACUUUUGGCAAAUCGACAGAAUUUGAAAAGACAUAUGUCGCAAGUUUCCCCAUUAAAGCUAGUAAAAGAACAAAAAUUUUUGCUGAAGCAUCUAUUAAGAAGGCAACAUUAAGUGUGCCUUUUAUUAUGCACCUUAAGUCGAAGGCAACUGGAGUUAAAGUGGAUACCCAUGGUAUUUAUUCAGGUGUAACAACUUGGGACUUGACAUAUUACUUAAGUCAACAAGGAUUAAAAUAA